GGCAAGGCAUAUCCGCCACCCCUCUGGACGACCGGGGGGUGCAGUUUAUCCAGCCACGCACAGACGUGAAUGCAUUGCGUGCUGCAUGGCGUUCGACAGCCAGCCACGCCUGACCUUCGCUGCUGUCAAUCGCAAAAGGAAAACACAUCGAAGUCAUGCGGACAUCAAACGCAAACGUCGCUUGUGCGCAUGUUAUGACCUACGAUCUCGAAUCGUCGAAUAUCAGCCAUGAUUUCGUGUCAUCGAAUAUCAGCCGAUGAUGUCAGAUCAUAGCCAAGGGCUUGGUAUGUCUGUAUGGGUGACACCAUGCCGAUUUGCAGACUCAUUGGGAUGCACGGCGCAGAGCACAGCCAGAAACAGCCAUGGCCUUUUUGGCCCCUUCAACGGCGUGAGUGUGUGUUUGCUUCAUUCGUUCCAAUGCAGGGCUGAGCAUCGCGCACGCCUUGCUGUCACUAUGUGGUUGGUCGUGUACCGGAAUUGCACCAUUCAACAGAACACGAAAUCGUUGCCUUCGCGCGCGGUUCGAGCGGUGCUCGUGCGUUGGCUACGCUCCUCUUACCUCCAUUUGACAGUCUCGCUCGUCUCUAUUGGUUUCCAAGAAUGCAUCGACGCUUCUCCCAAUUCUGCUUCUUCUUCUUCUUCUCCUCCUUAUCGCUCUGCGUCAUCUGCGCGUCAGUGUCAGCGAAAUCAGCGAACGAUUGUGAGACGAUCGCCCACGCUCUGCGCGACUGUCCAAUCCAAGCCGCAGAAGUUGCAAAUUCCAGAUCGGUGUAGUCGAGGUCGAGCAACCUGCAUGCGUUGCAUGCAUAUGAGGUCUGACCGGCAUGUUGGGACCGAUGAGCCGUGCAACCCGAUCGUUCUCCUCUCACAUUCCGCUUUGCUUCUGUUCUCCUGUCAUAGUCGACGGGAUUGCUGUCGCGAUCAGCAAUUUUAUAGUUGCAACAACUAAAUCUAGGCGGUCGCGCUACGUUUCACGGCAUCCGAUGCGUAUCCCCGCUCGCGCCGUCGUGUCGGAUCUACGCGUUGGGCGGGAAUGCUGCGCCGCCUGAUCUAUGAUCCCUGUUCAGAUCGAUCUUGCGCAUGAGGGAAUGUUUUCACGGUUGCUUGCGCGCGCGGGUCAUUGAUGUGACGGCCUAGAGUCUGAGACUCGCCUGGUUUUGUGCCAAUUGGUAAGGUACAGUGGUGGUGCUGACAACAAUCGUCUGGGACGAGAACGCGAGCAGGCUGAGGAAGGAUUGGAAUACGACA